AGAAGCUUGCGACGUUUUGAAGCGACGUAUUUUGAAAACAAAUCAUUUAUUUUAAAUAUACAUAAUAAUAUAAUGUUUCAAAACGUUCUUAUGACAACGUUAACUCCCUUGUGUGAUACGAAUGAGAUUCAACAAUGGGAAAAUCAACCGUUCGCAAUUAAGUUGCCAGAACCCAAAUAUAUUAAAGAAUCAAGCGUCACUAAAACAAUAAAGAAGAAAAAUAAACGCAACCGGACAUCGUAUACAGGUGAACAAUUAUGGGUGCUAGAGAAAACCUUCUGUCGUACAAAAUACAUAAAUGCAGAACGUCGCAAGGAGCUCGCGCAAUGCUUGAUGAUCGGAGAGAAAUGUAUUAAAGUUUGGUUUCAAAACAGAAGAAUGAAGGAGAAGAAAGUAUCAUUAGAAUCGAGUUGCGACUCUUCAAGCGAAUGCUUUGCCGUCGAACCUGUAUCACCCCCAACAGAUAACGUAAUACCAAAAAACGCUGGCCAAUACGUUCUUACCGAUAACAUUAACCAAAAAGCAACCAGUCAAAAAAACGCCUCUGAAAGAGAAUGCUAUUUCAAUCCAUAUAUAGAAAAUGUUACAGCAGAAUCGUUUCAUACUGGUUAUUAUCAGAAUUAUGAUACCCUAGCGUAUAGAAAUUAUGACUCACAUUUCCAUACUAGUGAAUAUUCUCAAAAUGAUGCAGGUAGUUAUCUCACACAAUAUUAUCCUGCAAAGGAAUACACGAACUUAGAUGAUCAAUCCAACCAUCAAAAUGAUAACAAUAGUUGGGCAGCUAAUGUUUUCGAUUUGAAUUAUUUUUAAAUAUUAUAUUUUUAUUGAAAUACCAUAGAUUAUAUAAUAUUAGAAU